AUGUCGCGAACCACUGAAGAUACCCCGCUGCUGCUGGACCCCACAGCCGAUGAAUUAGGAUCCCCGAAUGAUGAACGAUACGCUCCCAUUGUGGAAAGACAUCAACAACGAUGUACCAAAACCAUCUUCAUUUUGACGUGGAGCUCGGCACUACUCGCGGUCUUCAUCCUUGUUCUGAACCUGACCAUCAUAUUCAUAUUUCUUGCCCGAUUCGGGAAUAUCAUGCCCUGGGCACCAGAGGGUGCUCUAGUUGCCCUCUUGUGGACGCUCCUGGCCGCCGGAUUGAUCUCGUUCCUUAAUCUGGCUCGUCUAUAUCUCUGGAACCGACCUAUCUGGCUCUGGUUGAACCUGAUCCUGGACCUCGCCAUCGCCGUAUUCUCAAUCGGUAAUGGUCUAUCGAAUUUGGGCCUCGACGGCUCCGGAUGGAACGCAGAUGUACCCCUAUGGUUCAUCCGUAUAGCCCAGGUCGUAUCCUGGUUGGCUGUGGUGUUCGGGUCAGUCAUUCCGAAAAUAUCCUCUCUACUCGUCUUCUUAAUACAUGUUAACACCCACUGGACAUCUAGACUGAUCCACUUGGCUCUGUUCCUCGUGCGAUGCUUCCUGUCCUUCAGCUACCGGCCCUGGCGUGAAUAUCGCAAUUGGACGUUGCCCCGUGGGCGCUUUAGCAUUGAGUUCAAGGUGCAAUUCAUUCGACAGACGGAUAACGCCGUAGCGUCGCCCGACACUACUGACUCUAGCACCGGAAUCCAGGCAGAAGUGGCGGCGCAGAGGGUUUGA